AAAGCAAGCACGUCGAUGAAAUAAUUAGUACCUUUACUACCAUCAGCCUUUAUAGACGUUUUACCAAACCCAAGGUAGACCUUCGGAAGCAAUCUGAGAGUGCCAAUAUUUAAACCCGUUGCCAUGGCAACUUGUCUGUGAUUGGUCACCGCGGCAUAAGUGCAAGAAAAAACGUCAUCAGAUCUGAAUACGGAUGCGAGAAGCUCCCGCGAACUGGAACAGAGUGAUGUAAAAAAGUGUCGGUGAGGUGAGUGGACACAAGCAGGUGGAUCAAGAGCCCACAAACAAACAGAAAAACAAGAGGAAAACUUGGGAGAAGCCUUUUUGUUAACAAACUCUCUUCAACGAAUUUUUUUUUUUUUUUUUUUUUUUGAUUCAGUGGAUUUCUGGAUGCCGACAGGUAUAAUGCAUAACAUUCACGUCCGGAGUGUUUACCUCUAGGCGUCGUGGAGAAUCAUUCUCAAGACGGAACAUUUGCUCUGCUGUUGCCUCCCUCUCCAAGAAGCCAAGACGUUGCUCCGCACCGAUUCGUGUGGCCCCAAUUCGAGGCGCGGUGCCCGUUUGGGAAGAUCGGCUCUCGGUCCCCUCCAGGGCGGAAUGAUGGUGCACUGCGCGGGCUGCGAGAGGCCCAUUCUGGAUCGGUUCCUCUUAAACGUUCUCGACCGUGCAUGGCACGCGAAGUGUGUCCAGUGCUGCGAGUGUAACUGCAACCUGACCGAAAAAUGUUUCUCAAGGGACGGAAAGCUCUAUUGCAAAAUUGACUUUUUCAGGCGUUUUGGUACGAAAUGUGCGGGCUGCUCAGGCAUUUCGCCCAGCGACCUCGUGCGAAGAGCGCGCAGCAAGGUGUUCCAUCUGAACUGUUUCACGUGCAUGGUGUGCAACAAACAGCUGUCCACGGGCGAGGAGCUCUACGUCAUCGACGAAAACAAAUUUGUGUGUAAAGAGGACUACCUGAGCGCGAGCGCUAUCAAAGAAGUUAAUUUAAACUCAGUGUCAUCGUGUACGGACCGGAGUUUAUCGCCUGAUCUUCCGGAUCCGAUCCAGGACGACACGAAGGAGACGGACAAUUCCACAUCCUCAGAUAAGGACACUAACAACAACGAGAACGAGGAGCAGAACUCGUGCACGAAGCGACGGGGCCCGCGCACCACCAUCAAGGCCAAACAGCUCGAGACUCUGAAAGCCGCGUUCGUGGCCACGCCGAAGCCCACGCGACACAUCCGCGAGCAGCUCGCGCAGGAGACAGGCCUCAACAUGCGAGUCAUACAGGUGUGGUUUCAAAAUCGGCGGUCUAAAGAACGUAGGAUGAAGCAGCUCAGCGCGCUCGGUGCUCGACGGCACGCUUUCUUCAGGGGACCUCGCAGAAUGAGGCCACUUGGAGGAAGACUAGAGGACCCUGAAAUAAUGGGCCCUGGAGGAUACAGUUACUACGGAGAAUACCAAGCUGAUUACUACGGCCCAGUGGUCAACUACGAUUUCUUCCCUCACGGACCCCCUUCCUCACAAGCUCAGUCUCCAGCCGAGUCCCCUUACCUCCUAGGCUCGGGUUCAGGACCCCUUGAGGGCGGCCCGGUCUCUGCGCACCACCCCUCAGACGACCAAAGGUUCACGGACAUGAUCUCUCACGCAGACACCCCCAGUCCCGAGCCAGGCAUGACCGGACCUCUUCAUCCCAAUCCACAGGGGGAGGGUGGCUUUGCAGGGAGUCCACCCUUCCCCCUGGCCAACAACACCAGUUACAAUGGCCCCAUGUCCCAUCCUGGUCAAGAGAUGGGGGAGAACACUGUUUGGUAGAACAGAGAGGUGGUCUGAGAUAAGACUCUGAACUAUGGACACAGAGCGGAUUCCACUCAAACCGGUCUACCCAGAAUGAUCACCUUAGUGCUAUAGGUUCCCGAGGGAGGGCUUAUUGGCUGGUCAUCGACCAGAGCAAACCAAUAUUUGGACCAUAAACCUGAGAGGCGGAAAGACAUCAAGCACAAAUGAGCACCCUCUCGCAGUUUAGUUUCUACUGUCAAAGGAUGUGUAUUGUCAGUGGUCAUCUUGACCAAUCACAUUGGUUUGAUUCCGUUGUUAUGGUUUCCUGAGUUCUAUUUUAUGAUAAUAGCUCAGAUGUUCGUCCAAGGGGUUUUCUACUGCUUUAACUCACUGAUUAGCAAACGUUGUCGAACCGCAUUUGAUGGUCAGAAGUGAGCUAGUACUUAAAGGUAAAUUCAUUUUCAUCCUUCAUUGGCUUUAGUUUCUUACUUUUCAGAGAUUCUGAGGCUCAAUUUAUUGAAAUGUUUUCUUUUCUGUCUUAAAACUGGUCCAUUUGUAACAUAUUUGGUUCACUCAUUAACCGAUGAAUUGGUUCAUUAAACAUUUUGAUGAACACUCAG